AUGGAGCUUGCCAUAUCUGCAGUAACAGGUGAACUUGUGAGCCGAUUCCUCUCCUUGCUCGUCAACAAGUUUCACUCAAGCCACGCAUACUCUGAAGAGAAGCAACUGAAGAGGUUGGAGCAACUGAUCCUAAGAGCUCGCACAGUAGUCGAAGAGGCGGACGGGCAAUACAUCACAAACUCCGGGAUGCUAGAGCAGCUCAGCAUGCUCGCAAAGGCCCUGUACCGGGGUUACUGGGCGCUAGGGGCGUUCAGGUACAGGUCACUUGAAGAGACUCCCAUCGACGAAGAGGAGCAGAAGGAGGAGGUUAGCAACUCAUCUCCCCCCAAACGUCUUCGCACGUUUCAUGGCAGUGCUAGAAAGAAGAAGGCAACAUACCUUCCCGAGCUGCAAGGUGCGUUGGAGAGCUUAGAGGAUGCCGUCUCUAGCAUGACAGAGUUUGUCAUUAUUUUGGGUGGAUACGACCGUAUGCUGCGUCGACCAUAUGACGUGUAUCUUUACAAUGACAACAUCAUGUUUGGGCGCCACAGCGAAAAGCAAAAGCUCCUGAACUUCUUGUUGCAGCAUGGCUCUCCUGGUGGUGCACUAGCUGUCCUCCCGGUCAUCGGUGGUCCUGGGGUUGGCAAGAGGACUCUGGUCGCCCAUGUAUGCAAGGAUGAGAGGGUUAGCUCGCAGUUCUCUUCGAUUUUGCACCUGAAUGGGGAUUCCGUUUGUAGAAUCGCAGACCAUGUCAGUGUCUUGUCGGGAAAAGUAUUGGUAGUUGUUGAGCUUGUUUCAGAUGUUGACCAGGAGGACUGGGUCAAGUUUUGUUCAACGCUGGCAAGCAUGGACAGUGGAUGCAAGGUGAUCAUCAUCAGCCGGUGUAGAAGUUCAGAGAAGCUGGGAACAGUCAAGCCAAUCUUCCUCAACACCCUGCCAUACGAGGAGUUCAGCUACCUCUUCAAGACACUCGCAUUCGGGAGCGCAGACCCAGCACAACACCCACCGUUAGCACGGAUAGCAGACAAGAUGGCCAGGGAGAUGCAGUCAGAUUGGUCCCUUGUUGCUGCAAACUUGCUCGCUGACGUGAUGAGAAGGAAUCUUAAUCUGCAUUUCUGGCUCUCCAUGUUGAGCAGAAUGAAAAGAUUUGUUGAGAGGAACUUCUCCAUGUUCGGGGAGCACCCGCAGUUGCUCAUUCUGAGACGCCAUCAGAUAGAUGUUACAGACUUCUUGCAUCCUGCUUCUCCACUCCGCAUCCUACCGUCUUGUACCACUGGCAGCAGCCUAACUGAGAUUACAAAGAAAAGGCAGCUGCUACCGAAUGUGAGGCUUGGGGAUCUGGUGGCUGAUCCUGGAGCUAGGCCACAAGGGGAUUUCAACGUCGUUAGUUGGGAAUCAAGGCUGCCACCUUACACUUCGUUUGUUCAUUUCGCUUCAAAUGGUGCCCCAAGUGUGGCUGAAGAUACUCCUCUGUCCAGGAGGAAGCGCAAGUCCGUUUGA